AUGGCGGGGCGAAAGAUUCAAUACGUGCAGCAAGAAACACCUUCGUUUAUAAAGAAUUUCAAGGCUCAAGUCGGCUAUAAAGAGCCRGAUAAUGUAGAAAGUAAAUUCGAAAAGCUAGAAAAGAGUUCAAAUGAGGAAGAAGAAGACCGAGAUGGAGAGAAACCCGUGGUUAUUCUUGGUUCAAAUGUUUCUGAACAAGAAGCGAAUGAAUUCCUGGCUAAAGAACGAGAAGAGGAAGAAGAAGAAGAAGAUGAAGAAAGUGAGGAACAGGACCAUGAAGCUAAAAGAAGCAGCAAGGUGGAAAAUAAAGACAAUAAACAAGAAGGGAAAUUUGUGUUCAAAAAACCCACCAAGAGAAAAUCAGAAGAGUCGAGAAAAGACGAUAGAAAAAAGCAAAAGGAAAAACAGAAAUCGUCUAGCAAAGCAGUGAAGAAUGCAAGUCUGCUUUCUUUUGGAGAUGAUGAAGAAGAGGAAGAUUGAUGACGGGAUUCUGGUCAUGCUCCUGCAACUCAGAUGUGCUAAAAAAUUCAAAAUACAAUUCAUUGCUCAAAGCUACAUUGAGAUGCAAGUGCAAUAUGCACACUGUGAAAUGAAAUGAAAAAAUAAGGGAAUGCUAUAAGCAAGUCAAAAGAUACCMAAGGUAUCCCAUGAUGCAAAGCAUUAAAAGAGCCAUAAUGCAAUUCUACCAACGAUUACAUAGUAUAGUAAAGAGGAGCUGAAAUAACCAUCAGCAGGAGUGGCAGUACUGUUGCGCCUUGCUUAAUGGACACACAAAAAAUAUAGACAACCCCUAGCUAUUAUCAGAUGGACUUUUAUAUUGUCCUGGCGAUAUGCAUUAACUCACUAAGAUACCCUGUUAAUAUGGACACUGUAAAUCCAAACUGAUUAGCUAGAUUGAAGAAACAAUAUAUAGGUGUUAUAUUCAUUAUUUUAUUGCUUCCAAGCCUUUGUCAUUCAAUUUUUGAUGGUCUUGCCCUUUGUACCAGAACAUCUUGUUUAUUACUCCUAAAGUCAAAUAAAAACAGGUCUUAGAACACCAAUAAACCAAUCAUAUUACUAACCA